CCGGGCGCAGAUGUCAUGUGAAAGCGCACAUGCUCUGCCGGCCGCGCUGCCCUCCCCGCGCUGCUUUCCGCGCCUGCUUUCUUAACGGCGUUGUUGCCUUUUUCCACGCGGCUCCUCGCCCCCUCCCUCCCCUUCUUCGCGCCUGAGGAGCCGCCGCCGCUGCCCGCGGGACCCCCCGAGCCCUCGCGGCGCCGGCGGUGGCGGCGGGGCGGCCGCAGCGCGCCCGGCGCAGGGCAGCCGCGGAGCCGCUCCGCGCCGCCGCCCGCGGAGGGAUGGUGUCGCCGGCGGAGCAGACCCGCUCCGGCUGCCGCCUCCGCGCGUGCUGAGACGGGAUUUCUGUGCUAGGGCGCCCGGGCUCCCAGCUUCAUGACUGCGCGCAGCGGGGAGUCGCCAACACCAUGCGAGCGCAAAUUGAAGUGAUACCAUGCAAAAUUUGUGGAGAUAAGUCCUCUGGAAUACACUAUGGAGUCAUCACAUGUGAAGGCUGCAAGGGAUUCUUUCGGCGGAGUCAGCAGAACAAUGCCUCUUACUCCUGCCCAAGGCAGAGAAACUGUUUAAUUGACAGAACCAACAGAAAUCGUUGCCAACACUGCCGGCUGCAGAAGUGUCUUGCCCUGGGAAUGUCUCGAGAUGCUGUGAAAUUUGGAAGAAUGUCCAAAAAGCAGAGGGAUAGCCUGUACGCUGAAGUGCAGAAGCACCAGCAGCGACUGCAGGAGCAGCGGCAGCAGCAGAGCGGCGAGGCCGAAGCCCUCGCCAGGGUUUACAGCAACAGCAUCAGCAACGGCUUGAGCAACCUGAAUAACGAAACCGGUGGCACUUACUCCAACGGGCACGUCAUCGACCUGCCGAAGUCUGAGGGUUAUUACAAUGUGGAUUCUGCCCAGCCUUCCCCGGAUCAGUCUGGGUUAGACAUGACUGGAAUCAAACAGAUAAAGCAGGAACCUAUCUAUGACCUCACUUCUGUACCAAACUUGUUUACCUAUAGCUCUUUCAACAAUGGGCAGUUAGCUCCGGGAAUAUCCAUGACUGAAAUAGAUCGAAUUGCACAGAAUAUCAUUAAAUCUCAUUUGGAGACAUGUCAAUAUACAAUGGAGGAACUACACCAGCUAGCAUGGCAGACUCACACAUAUGAAGAAAUUAAGGUUUACCAGAGCAAGACGAGAGAAGCUCUGUGGCAGCAGUGUGCCAUCCAGAUCACUCACGCCAUCCAGUACGUGGUGGAGUUUGCGAAGCGGAUAACCGGCUUCAUGGAGCUCUGCCAGAAUGACCAAAUCCUACUCCUUAAGUCAGGCUGCUUGGAAGUGGUUUUGGUGAGAAUGUGCCGUGCCUUCAACCCACUCAACAAUACUGUUCUGUUUGAAGGAAAGUAUGGAGGGAUGCAAAUGUUUAAAGCCUUGGGUUCUGAUGAUCUGGUGAAUGAAGCGUUUGACUUUGCAAAGAAUUUAUGUUCCUUACAGCUGACUGAAGAGGAGAUUGCCUUGUUUUCAUCUGCUGUUCUGAUAUCACCAGAUCGAGCCUGGUUAAUAGAGCCAAGGAAGGUCCAAAAGCUUCAGGAAAAAAUUUACUUUGCACUUCAACACGUGAUCCAGAAGAACCACCUUGACGACGAGACUUUGACGAAGUUAAUAGCCAAGAUACCAACCAUUACUGCACUUUGCAACUUGCACGGAGAGAAACUACAGGUAUUUAAACAAUCUCAUCCAGAUAUAGUGAACACACUGUUUCCUCCAUUGUAUAAGGAGCUUUUCAAUCCAGACUCUACCACUGGCUGCAAGUGAAGGGGAAGACAGAAUUGUCACAUAGUCAUGGAAUGCAUCACUGUUAAGACAAAAGAAAUGUUUUCAUGAAGAACUUAUUAAAAAUGUCACUACUGCAACACUAGGAAUGUCCUGCACUUAAUAGAAUUAUUUUUCACCGCUACAGUUUGAAGAAUGUAAAUAUGCACCUCUGAGUGGGGUUCUUUUUUUUUUUCUUUUCUUUGUUUACUUUUUUUUUUUUUUAACUGACCAUGAAUAUACAAAUAUAGGACACUGGGUGUUACCUUUUUUUAAUUUUAUUUUAUUGGGGUAUGUUUUGGGAGACAACUGUUCAUAGAAUUUUAUUGUAGAUAUAAAUGAGAAUAGAGCAGUACUUUGCAGUAUUACUCUUGCUGUUUAUUGUUCAAAUAUAAUUUAAGAAAAUUCCACUUAUUAGACUUGCCUAUUUCUUGUUUUUAGAUAGUUUAAUGCAUGUGGAAAUUUGUAGCUGUCUUGGAAAUUAUUGUGCAUGUAUGGAAUACACAUAUAAAUAUGUAUAUGUGCUAUAUACAUAUAUAUAUAUGUAUAUAUUAUAUGCAUACAUGCUGUAGCUUAAAAAUCCCAUGCCUACUUUCAAAGGAUGCUCAGCCAGGCUCUCAUGCAUUUCUGACUCUCCAAAUAAUAUGUUAGAUUUACUUUGGGCAAUCAAGAUUUACUUUGCCAGCCAGAGUUAAAUCAUCAACUGCCGAUGUAUAAUGACAGGAUCACUUCUGAGAUGUGUAAUGUAGUGCAUGUGUGCAGUCUGUAAAUGGAACAUCAGGAAUGUAUCGAUGGUGCAAAAGCCUUGUCUGGAUGAUUCCAGUGGAGAGAGGAAAGGUUUUUUUGGAAUUUGCUCCGUUACAGGGAUAGAGCAUAUACAAAAGUGAACAUGGUAGGACCUGAUGUCAGUAAGGUACCUAAAACACAGAGUACAGAUGUAGACUAUCCCACCCUUACAUUUUUCUGAUUCGACAAAAGGUUUUAUUCUAUAUAUAUUUCUUUGAAAAGUAGUUGCAAGGCUUGUUUGGUUUUUGCUGAAAUCAAUGGUAAUCUCAGAGAAAAACAUAGGAAGCCUAAAAUGGAGCUCUGAAGAGUAGCAGCCACAGGGAAGGAAGGAAGGGAAGAGGAAAGACAAAGUGAGCAAAGACCAUGGUUACAAAGGCAACCACAACUAUCACUAGAUAUGACAUAGCCAUCAUCUAGAUGGGCUGAUGGUUUCCAUUCUACAUAUAUAUAUAAAUAUAUAUAUGUAUAUGUAUAUAUGCACAUAUGGUUGAUUUUAUAUGCACUUCAGGAGGGGAUCAAAGGAUCAGGGAUUUCUUUUUGUCUGUCUCUGAGUUGACUUUGUUCAUUUUCUUGCAAAACCAAAGGCCAGCACAAAACUAGGUCUGAUCUGGAAACAUGCAGCUGUAGACUGGAUUGCAAUUGCCAUCAUCACUUCAACCCUGGCACAUUCUGAUACAUGGUUUUAAUUUAUAUCUAUAUAGAUUACAGAGCACAUACUGAGCAAAUGGGAAUGGAAGAAUGCCACAGACUUAAUCUUGUGAAUUCAUUAAAUUUAAUUAGUAGUCAUGACUAAUGUAUCUGGAUGCUGCCAGAGCCACAAACCAUAGACUUUCUACCUAUGGAAGAGCAGGGGUUCAGCUUCCCCCACGACUCUGUCCUUACGACCCUUUUAUCCUGAGGAAGCUUUUCCAGAGAAGUCUUCUUCAGGGACUCCAGCAGAGGCCAUAGAGCAGAAAUCGUUGGAAGCAGGCAGUAGAGAAGAGAUGAUCUGGAGGCAGGACUUACGAGCACAUGUAUUUUUUGUUUCAAAUCUCAUCGAAGUCAAUGCAGUCUGAGGUACAGCAAGGAGGAGGACACUCAGGGAGGCCGAAGGACCUCCUGUGUGCAGGGUUUUGCGGCACAGCAGUGCCAUGGGAGCCCACAGGGACACAGCUGGCCCAGGGCACAAGCAGAAACACGGGGCUGUUGCCGUGAUAGCUUAAUGCCUCCAGCUUUUCCAGCAGACCCACACAACUCUCAUGUCCAUCUUCCGUCGCUCUUUCUGCAGGACCAAAUAAUUCACAGACUAUUCCAAGUGUAUUUUAUAAAGUUUCCCUUUGUCCUCCAUCAACUGAUUUAUGUGUUUAUAUGACACAUUUCAUGACAGCAUCCACUCUAGACACCACCAACAGUUGUUUGUUCUGUUCUUUCUUCUUAGCAAUCUCUUAGAUACAACAACAUCAACUCCACAGAUGUUUCUCUGAAAGUCCAUUUCAGCCUCAGGAAAAAAAAGCACAGCACAGUCAGUUGUGCUGAGAAUAAUUUUAUUGUAAACAUGACAACAUCUGCAAAAUUACAUAGUGGUGUACAACGGCAAUUUCUAAAAUACUUGUUUUAAUCCAAAUUCAGGGCAUAUUUCCUGAUCUCUACUAAUUACAUUAAAAUGUCUCCAGUUAACAGAGAUAAGAAUGCAUUACUGUUGAUGCUUCUUUACACCAUCAAAACUCUAAAAUGGCAGCACUUUAUAAGAUGAUUUGUCUUUUUACAUCUUUUACAUGGCAAGUCUGUGAAUAGGACCACGAACUCCACUUCUUUCUAAUUUCAGAGGAGUUAAUUAGCUGUAUUUAUUCAUGGCCUAUGUGCAGGCAUUUGGGAAAAAAGUCAACUUAAUACUUACCUUGUAAUUUCCAAACACGAGGAAACACAGAUAUAUAUUUAUUUGAAAUUCAUUUUUAAAUUGUUUUGAUAUAUUAGAAGUAGCAUAUUUAGCCAGCCUACAAAAAUAUAGAAUAGAUUAUAUGUAUUUCUGUCCUUAGUGUUAGUAAAUAAAGAAGUUUUGUUGUGUUCAUGUUUGUCCCUCACUGUUAUGUGCUGCUUCUGGAAAAUAUUUUAUUCUUUCCAAAUCAGAUAUCAGUCCUUAGAAUUUUUGACUUGUGUCUUAGGCAAGAUGACUGAAUGAAGAUGACUAGUGAAAAAGACAUUGUUUAUUCAUUACCCAUAGUACUUUUCAUCCUUAAAGCACUUACUAAUCAGUGCAACCUAUUCUGUAAAUUCCAGCCUAUUCCAUAAAUAAGGAUUAUUGUCCUUUUUUAAAGAUAAGCAUAUGAAGGCAAAGAAGUUAAAUGACUUGCUAAGGACCACAGAGAAAGCAGUGUCCCAUCUUGGAUUGAAAGUGGAUUCUUGCCUCCUGGUCCUAAAAUCUUUAAGCUACAAAAUCUUCAUUGCCAUUAACAGGCAAUAGUCUGUAAAAACAAUUACGAAUAUUGACAAUCAUUCAAAUUAUUAGCUUCAAAUAAUGUUAAUUAUGAACAGCUUUUUCUGCUUUUGUUACAACUUUAAAGAAUUUGCGCAAUUAAUCCUGUUGUUUAUUUGGAGAAUAAAAAUUCAUUCUCAUACAUUAUUUGUUUGUGGUAACUAAGGUUAAUAUAUUUUUUUUUAAUUUGCUGUGAUUUGGGACUGGCUACAUAAGUGGAGUAGAACUUUUUUCUGCCACUUCAUUGACUAAUUACAGAACAACAAAUAACUGUCAUACACUAUGGGCUGGAAUUUUGUUGUUGAUAUAUGGCCAUUUAUACUCAAAUUUUCAAAUUCCUGAGGUUGGGUUCCUGAUAUUUGGAUCCUGAUGUUGAAGUUAUCCAUUAGACUUUAAACAAUAAAACAGUACUAGUCCCAGUAAUUAGCAGCAUAUUCCAUUCUGAAAAUUCACUUCAGAAAAUAUUAGUGCUGCACUUUAUUUCUUACUGGCUUUCAUUAGUCCACACUAGUAUCUGAAACCCUUCAAUUAAAUCUCUAGAACUAACAUUUGUCACAUCUGCUUUGCAGUAAUUGCUAAUGUUUGUUGACUUUUUAGCCACAAGCUCUUCAAAUGGAACAUAUUUUUCAAUAAUUAACCCCAGAUUUUUAACAAAAAAGGAUUUAAAAUAUAUAUUGAAUCUUCUACUUCUAGCAUUGUUCUCAGAUAACUCAGCCACAUUGAUCUAAAUUAUCCUUGGUGUCAAGCAGGCAGAUGUAGACUGUUCAUUACACUACCACAGGGACUUAAUUUUGGUGUAAAUGUCACUCUUGCCAGCUCUUUGUAUAAAGAAUUAAUUCCAAGAGUCAUAUUUUCUUUUAAUGAAAAGAUUGCUUUAGUGAUUGCUAGAAAAACAGGGUAAUAGAAGGCACUCAGCUGAACCAACUUGUUUCCAAAAGCAAUAUAUAUUUUAUGAUAGGUUUGUGAUAGGCAACAUUUAGGAUCUGAUUCUGAAAGUUGUCAGGCUCCCUGAGCUCUAACUAGAGCUGUUAAAAUUGGAGGCAUCUCAGCACCACACAGAAGGUGCUCAACCCCUUGUAAAGUCAGAGGCCCUCAGCACUAGGAGGUCCCCUUUGGGCUUUGUGGAGCACAAGUCAAAUGUUGUCCUCAUACUUGCUUUUUAAUGCUUUUGCUUUGCGCUUCGUGUUGUUCAUUUCAGCUUCAUUUCACAGAGGCCAAUUUAUUUUCUGUGUGGAGUCUUGGGCACCAGCGUUGGCUCGGUGCACGUAUCUGAGGGUAGGGUGUCGCAGGUGGGGCAGCUACAGGACUUGUCCGUGAAUGUGAGCUUCGCUACGUGGUUGUCUUUGCUCCCAUGGGAGUAGCUUGCGCAGAUGUAUGUUUCCCUGUAGGUUAGUUUUGCAGGGAUUUCUGCCCCAACAACUUUUACACAAAGAGGAUGCAAAGCUUUUCUCUCACGCUGUCCUCUCACCCUCCCACCGCCAGGCUGUGAGAGCUGCUCCGAGACGGUGGCGUCUCCGAGCAGUUCGCUGAGCAGCCCAGAGCCGUGCAGCUGAUGGCUCCUGUCCCCCCAUAUCUUUCUCCCCUCCUGUAAAGCUGUGCUACAAAGCACAGCCGAAAGGCGUUCAGGCUCCCACCAUCUUCCUUCCUCCCAACUAUUUUUGUGUUGAUGUUGCUGUUGCCAGCAUAGGCAAUAUCUGACCUGGAAGAUUGGUUCCUGUUUUUAGAGUUGUCUGCUGGGCAUCCCAGGAACAUAGCGCCAGGCAACAAGAUCAAAAUGAAACACCAAAUGGUCUUUUUGGUCCGAAUGCGUUGUGUCUAGAUAUAUGUGUUGAAAUGGAAACCUGAGACAGAACAGCUUUCUUUUCCCUGACACUAACGAAAUAGAGUAUUUAUAGUUACCUACGUGUCCCAGCACUUUCUGCCUCCACUCUGAAGACUAACUCUCUCUGACAUCCUUUAGGAACAGUGUGUUGGAGACUCGGUCCUCUUUCCUUUAAGUUUCACGCUUUGUAAAUGACAAUCACUGCUUGAUGCAGAUGUUGCACUGUAUGCCACUCAGGGAUGUUUCAUUAUUAAAAAUAGCUAUAUAAAUAUAAUGGUAAUAAUAGGGAAGAGAAUGUUAGAGGCUUUGAGGGGCACAGGUUUGAGCUGCCCAAACGAACGUGACCCAGACAAGGCUUUCAAGCCAGCGAUUAGAACUAGCUUUGGUGUAAACUGAAUUCACUGUCACUGUUUCCUCAGCUUGAUGCAGGACUCACUACACCCGUUGUUUCACAGUCACUGGAGCAUUUCUGAGCAGUCAGUUUACGCUUUGAAAGACCUUUUGGAAGCAAAAUGCAAAUGAGCUCUGUACAAGUUACUGAAUUUAGGCAAUUGACAACAGAAAGUGCAGUUUAAAGGUACUGAGUUUAGGUACCGUUAAUGCGGGUUCAUAUUCAGAACUGCUGCGGGUAUGUAAGAGGAAGGGCUAAGAUAUGGAAUAAAUGACAGCAUGUCAGCUAUGACAGCCACAGUUUUCUGAAUUACCAUGUGGAGAAAUGCCUAAAGAGCAAGCAAUAUAAAAUGAAGUGGCUAACUUCUAUCCUUUCCUCUCAUCGAUGCACCAAGCCAUAACCAUCACUCAGGCCCCUGUAUGGCAUGCCCAGUCCUCUGCUCAUCUCCAGCAAAUGUGCAUAAGACUGCUUUUUAUACCACACUACUGAAAAAUACUCACAGUUCCUAAUCGUGAGAGGUUUGAAAUGCACUUCUGUUUAUGCCUCACUCUACCCCAAAUGUUGUCAAUAGACCUACCGUUAUAAGAACAUGCACAGAAAGACAGAUUGCAGUGGAUUAUCUUACCAGUCAUUGAGCUGAUGCCAGGUCUCUAACCGAGGGGCUCUCCCCACCCCUGAGCCUGAUUGUUGCCCCUAUCCUCAUAGUGAAUAGGUAUGCUUUUGUGCUCCUUCCAUCUGCUGGAUUUGCUAUACCUAGAAGGCCGGUGGACAACCUUCUCAAGAGGUGGAAAGGAGAGACCAAGACCCCUAAGCAGCAAGGUCCUUAUUGUUUGCCAAGUGUCCCACUGCAAUUUCAGUUUUCAUCUUUGAGGUUGCCAGGAGCCAUUUCUAAGCAACUGAAAUUCUUGCUAGCAUUUCACUUGCCCCUUAAAAAGAAAAGUCCUCUUAAUCCUUCUAUUUCUCUCCCCCUCUCCUCCUUCUUCCUAAUGAGUGAAGCCUAGAGUGGGAAAUGACUCAUCUUUGGUCCUUCUCAAAGCUGGCUCAGUUUGCAUAAGAGAUGUUGCACUCAGAAGGCAGGAAGCAGGCUCCUCUCUCCUCUCCCUCCCAGCCUGCAUGUCAUGACUGCGUUGUCCCUGCAUGCAUUGUCCCUGUAAGUAGGACUGUAUGACAAUGAGCCAAAAACCCCAGGAAUUUACCAUCCCAGAAAUGGUUUGCAACAGACCACUUCAGCCUAAAAGCCACUUGCAUAUGCCCUGUAAACUGUAGGCAAAAGCCAUUGUGAAAAGAAUAGGCCCUAAAAUUUCUCCAGUGGUAACUCAUGGACCAGUAACUCUCCUAAAAAGGCAGUCUGAACAUCCAGCAACACAGUGGAUGUGUCAGUGUCCUCCAAACAGCACUUCCAUUUUGUUUAUGCUGAGAGAAUAACGAAAUGCACAAAAUGCACUUGCAAAGGUGGAAUAGAAACUCAUUUGGGGCCGAAUAUUUCCUGGGUGUUACUGCACACAGCGAGGAUAGUGCUGCUCACAGUGAGUUCACUAACAUGAUGUACUACAAUUACAUAAUUUCAUCAUCCUUACAAUUCAAGCACAGCACACAGGGAGAGUGAAAGAAAACAUCAUUGGAUAUAGCAGCAAUAAAUAAAUUAUAAGUGUUUCUUUGUAACUGUACAUGCAGAAAAUGUUUGCUUUGCACGCGGUCUUCUGUACAAUAAUAUAAAGAAAAAACUUUGUUAAAUGUAGAUAUCACAGUGUUUUUACAUAUUUGUUGGAUUCGCUGGAUGGAGCUGCUAAUUUGUGAUCGAAGAUACUGCUGUUGGGAAAAAUGUAUGUGCUUCAAGAAAAGGCUGAGACCUUUGUUUAUGGCUAUACAUUGGCAACAGUAAAGUAUGUUCAAUAUAAAACUCUGUCUGGACAGAAUUAGAAAAUUAUCUCCUGUUUUUCAAUUUUAUGAUCAUGUUGGUCCCUUAUUAUUUAGGCAACAAAAACUCAACUGCAUUGAAGAACAAGCAGGGCCAGAUGGGCAGCCACAAAGAACAGGCUUUACCUUAAAGUCUGUUCCACUUAAAACCGGCUUAUUUAAAUAAAAGGAGGGAAAAAAAGCACUUAUAUUUGUCUUGAUUAGACACUCAGCUUAAUAAUCAAAGUAACUAGAUUAGGCUGUCAGCUUCUUCUGGGAUUCAGAUGCACUACAGUUGUGUUUCUUUAAUGUGUCACUUCAAUGUCUAAAUCAGGCGAAAAACAGAGUCAUUGUUAGUAUAAAAUGCUGAUAAUGACUUAACCCUACGAAGUGUCAACCAUGCAUUCUUGUGCAGUAGACAGGGAUUUAUUCAUGCACUUAUUCUUAAAAAGCCACUGAGUAGCAUAACGUGUAAACUAGCUGUGAUGAUAGUCUUUGCCUCUUGCAUUACUGCAACGUGACCUCUGGCGGGCUGCAGGGAGGGGCUCUGCGAUUGUACUUGUGGCCACAAAUAAAGCACAACUCAACUCUAAGCAAGCCGUUAUCGACACCCAGCUACAUCAAAUGCAUGGGGUAUUUUGAGUUUUAUGCUAAUCGCUGUGAGAUAAUUCCCAUGUUAAACUAAUUACUCUGGCUGUAAUGAAUGGACAAUAUAAAUAAAUUAGGAAUCAGAAUAGGAACAGAAUCCCUUAUUUUACAACUGCACUGUCUGCCUCAUCUGAUUAACACUAAAGAAAGUAACUUAAAAACUAAACAAACAAAACAAGAAAAAAAAGCCUGAGUAUGUAUUGUAGAAAUGUAGAAGACAAAUAAAAUAUUUUUUCAAAUGUAAUUACUUUUAAUAUAUGCUUGUGGAAGUCUAAUACUAUGUAUGCUGUCUCUGUAAUUUUUGCUGUAAAUAACUUGGGACAGUGAAUACACUGAUUUUUUCUAUGUCUCUGUUUAAGCAUAAGACUUUGUAAUGAUUUUUUUUAAAGAGGAAAAACAUCAAAGAGCAAAUUAUGUACUUGCUUCCUAUAAGUGUAAUGUACUCUUCAGUUUUUAUGGAAACUGAUUGUAAUAGAUAAAGCCUUUUGACCAGCCGUUGGUGUUCAGUGUAUAAUUCUGUUUGUAACGGGGGAAAAAAAGACAGGACUAUCAAUGAAACCUGUUCCCAGUGAGUCUGUAUAGUGAGUAUUGUAUUAAUACCUGCAGACCGUAUUUGAAUAAUAUAA